AUGGGGAACACAGAGAGUAUGGAGUCUCAGCUAGCGGUCAUCAGGGCCAGGGCUGCUCCUGUCAAGCUGCCCAUGCCUGAUCCUGCUGAGCUGGAAGAGAGGUUCUCCAUUGCACUGAACUCUAUGAACCUGCCUCCUGAUAAGGUGCGUCUGCUCCGUUGCUACGACAAUGAGAAGAAGUGGGAGCUGAUAUGUGAUCAGGAACGGUUCCAGGUGAAGAACCCUCCUCACACCUACAUCCAGAAGCUGAGAGGAUUCCUUGACCCGGCCGUCACACGCAAGAAAUUCCGUCGGAGAGUCCAGGAGUCGACUCAGGUGCUCAGAGAACUGGAGAUCUCACUACGGACCAAUCACAUCGGGUGGGUGAGGGAGUUUCUCAACGAGGAGAAUCAGGGCCUGGAUGUCCUAGUAGAGUACCUCUCCUUCGCUCAGUACGCGGUCACGUUUGAUGGGGAGGUAUCAGAGGCCAGUACUGAGGAGAGAGCUGUAGAUUCCCCCUGGAGUCGUUCUAUAGAAGAUCUCCAUGGAGACAGCAACCUGCCCUCCCCCUCCAGUGGCAACAACAUACCUCGCUCCGCACGCCACUCUAUCGGGUCUAACACACUGCCCAGUAGGAAGACACUGAAGAACUCCCGCCUGGUGUGUAAGAAGGACGACGUUCACGUGUGUGUGAUGUGUCUCAGAGCCAUUAUGAACUACCAGUAUGGCUUUAACAUGGUCAUGUCCCAUCCUCAUGCUGUGAAUGAGAUCGCUCUGAGCCUCAACAACAGAAACCCAAGGACUAAGGCUCUGGUAUUGGAGCUGCUGGCUGCUGUGUGUUUGGUCAGAGGAGGUCAUGAAAUAAUCCUGUCUGCUUUCGACAACUUUAAAACAGUGUGCUCAGAGACCCUGAGGUUUGAGAAGCUGAUGGAACAUUUUAAGAACGAGGAUGACAACAUUGACUUCAUGGUGGCCUGUAUGCAGUUCAUAAACAUUGUGGUACAUUCUGUUGAGGACAUGAACUUCAGAGUGCAUCUUCAGUAUGACUUCACCAAACUCAAUCUGGACGAUUACCUAGAAAGGUUGAAGCACACAGAGAGUGAUCGGCUGCAGGUGCAGAUCCAGGCCUACCUGGACAACGUGUUUGACGUGGGGACGCUGCUGGAGGACGCAGAGACCAAGACCGCCGCGCUGGAGAGGGUAGAGGAGCUGGAGGAGAAUAUGACCCACAUGACGGAGAGGCUCCUGGACACAGAGAACGAGGCCAUGGCCAAGAUAGUAGAGCUGGAGAAACAGCUGAUGCAAACCAAUAAGGAGCUGGACACCAUACGGGAUGUGUAUGCUAGUGCUAACAACCAGGUGCACACCCUGCGGAGGAUCGUGCGUGAGAAGGACCAGACCAUCCGCAGGCAGAGUCGACUGGAGCGCCAUGCUCAGGAGGGUGGAGGGGGCACCUUGGUGGUACAGGGAGGGGGCACCUUACACCCUGCGAGGGGCGAGGGGGACGGAGGGGUGGGUGACUUGUCCUCCAUCUCUCUGACCCUCGGCAUGACCCUCUCCCCCAGUCCGGAGACAGUGGGCUAUGGCUUGUCAGGGGCGGGACUAGGGAUGAUGCCAGCCCCUCCCCCUCCCCCGCCCCCUCCACCAAUGCCAGGGAUGCCAGGGAACAUGUCAAACGGGCCCUACCCUGCUCCUACUCCUCCUCCUCCUCCCCCACCACCCCCUCCUCCCCCCUUAUGUUCCAUGGAGUCCUCGGGUCCUCUGCCUCCCCCUCCUCCCCCAUGCGCCCCUCCACUCCCCGGCUGUGGUGGAUCACCCACUGUCAUCUUUAACUCCGGCCUGGCAGCUGUGAAGAUUAAGAAGCCUAUCCAGACUAAGUUCCGUAUGCCAGUGUUUAACUGGGUGGCCCUGAAACCAAGUCAGAUCAACGGAACUGUCUUCAACGACAUAGACGAUGAAAGGAUCCUCCAGGAGCUGAAUGUGGAGGAGUUUGAAGAGAUGUUUAAGACCAAGGCCCAGGGGCCAGCGGUGGAUGUGACUCUGAGCAGGCAUAAGGCCCCUCAGAAGGGCCCCAAUAGGGUGUCUCUGCUGGAGGCUAACAGAGCCAAGAACCUGGCCAUCACCCUCCGCAAGGCUGGCCAGGGGCCCGAACUCAUCUGUCGGGCCAUCCAGACGUUUGACAUGCGUACUGUGCGUGUGGACUUUGUGGAGUGUCUGAUGCGUUUCCUCCCCACUGAGGGCGAGGUGAAGAUGCUACGGCAGUACGAGAGGGACAGAAAGCCUGUGGACGCACUGAGCGUUGAGGACCGCUUCAUGUUGCAGUUCAGCCGCAUAGAGAGACUGGCCCAACGCAUGUCCAUCAUCACCUUCAUGGGCAACUUCCAGGACAACAUACAGAUGCUCACACCGCAACUCCACGCAAUCAUCGCUGCUUCUGUGUCUAUCAAGUCCUCCCAGAAACUCAAGAAGAUUCUAGAGAUUAUCCUGGCUCUGGGGAACUAUAUGAACAGCAGUAAGAGAGGAGCGGUGUACGGAUUCAAGCUGCAGAGUUUAGACCUGCUGCUGGAGACUAAGACUACCGACAGAAAGCAGACCCUGCUGCAUUACAUAGCCAACGUGGUGAGAGAGAAAUACCCCGGAGUUGCUCUGUUCUACAAUGAGCUGCACUAUGUAGAGAAAGCUGCCGCAGUGUCCCUGGAGAACGUGGUGUGUGACGUGAAGGAGUGUCAGCGUGGUAUGGAGCUGUCGUGGAGGGAGUACAGCAUGCACGGCCACAACCCACUCCUCAAAGACUUCAUCAGCAAACAUGAGACUCGCCUGCAGAAACUACAGGAAGACGCACACAUCGCACAGGAUGCAUUUGACGAUGCGGUGAAGCACUUUGGAGACAGCUCUAAGACCAUGCCUCCCUCUGUCUUCUUCCCUGUGUUUGUACGAUUCAUCAAAGCCUACAGGCUGGCGGAGGAGGAGAAUGAGCAGAGGAGGAGGCAAGAGCAGGCGCUGAUGGAGAAGCUGGAGCAGGAGGAGCUGCAACAGGAGCAGGAGGCGCCUAAGUCCCCGUCCAACCGUCCAAAGCAGCGGCAGCCGGAGUCCCUGAUCACAGAGCUGAGGAGGCGACAGGGCGGUAAAGACAGCAGACAUGUCUACGAGGGCAAAGAUGGGGCUAUAGAGGACAUCAUUACAGUGCUGAAGACCGUCCCUUUCACUGCCAGGACGGCCAAACGCAGCUCUCGCUUCUUCUGUGAUCCCACCCACACUGAAUAA